ACCUCGGCUCGGCCCGCGCGAAAUUUGGAUCCCUCUGCCCGUGGCCACCUGCUCUCGGGGGAGGACCGGCGCGAGCCGGCAGAGGCCGACCUCCAGGCACCGCGGACUCUUCUGUGGCGCCCGAGCUCGGUACUUCCGGUGGCCCUGCGCCGCGCGGGCAGGCGAAGGGGGCCCGCGUCGCCCCGGCUAGGAAGGCGCGGGCGUGCCGAGGCGGAGGCCGCCACCAUGCCGGCCCGCUGCGUGGCCGCCCACUGCGGCAACACCACCAAGUCCGGGAAGUCGCUGUUCCGCUUCCCCAAGGACCGGGCCGUGCGGCUGCUGUGGGACCGCUUCGUGCGGGGCCGCCGCGCCGACUGGUACGGGGGCAACGACCGCUCUGUCAUCUGCUCGGACCACUUCGCUCCGGCCUGUUUUGACGUGUCUUCAGUUAUCCAGAAGAAUCUGCGCUUCUCGCAGCGCCUGAGGCUCGUGGCGGGCGCCGUGCCCACCCUGCACCGGCUGUCCGGCCCGGCACCCCAGGGGGAAGAAGAGGGAGAGCAAGCGGGCGGCCCCGAAAAGGGAGGAGAGCCCCAGGCGGUGAGGCAGGCGGAGGCCGCCCCGGGUCCAGCCUCCUGUACACUCCUACAGGCCAGGAAGAGGGCUGCGGCUUCACAGAUUACAUGUGAAAAUGAAAUUACGCAAACACAGGUCCGCGCUGAUCAUCUAUCUCCUGGUGUCACUUCAGUACCUACUCACUGUGAAGAAGGUCCAGUGCAUAAAAGUACGCAGAUUUCUCUGAAAAGGCCCCCUCACCGAAGUGUUGGUAUUCAGGCCAAGGUAAAAGUGUUUGGAAAACAACUGUGUAAUGCCACUACUCAGACAGAUGAAUUGCGGUCUGGAAGUGCCUCUCUCUUUGACAUUUACUCCAGUGACUCAGAGACAGAUGCAGACUGGGACCUUGAGAGUGAGCAGAGCAGUUUGCCUUACGCUGCUGUGCAGGUGAAAGAAGAAUCCUGUUAAAAACGCGACAUCAGGCUAAAAUUUUCCUGGUCUGGAGGUACCUAGAACCACAUCACAGUGUAUACGAGUAGAUACUGAGGUCCAAUCCGGACCAGGGGCUGUGCUAGACAUCUUCCACCAUCUGCUUUGAUCUACAGACCCGACUCAAUGAGGUAAGGAUCAUUCGGACCAUUUUACAGGUAUGAACACUGAAGAGCAGAGAGGUUGUGUAGCUAAGAUGUGGCAAGGCUGGUGUCGGAAU